AACAAAAAUCAACCACAUUAUGGACUGCCUGUUCCAAGUCAUAUGCAAAGCAAAAGUAUAUAACAAAACUAAAGCCAAUUCUUGUUGCCUUUGUCAUAAAGUUACAUUAUGGUUAUGUAAGUAAAAAAACUUAUGAAGUCAUUUAUUUGAGCACUGAGCUGACAAGGACAGCCCAAGGCAUAAGUGAGUAAAGCAGCUGCUUAGGGACCUCCACACCACCAGGAGGUGCCCAAGAACACUAAGCUAAUGUGAUAAAAAAUGUUAUAUAUACUUAAAAUAAGAUUGAAUGAUACAAACUAAAUGCUAUUACACAUGUAAAAACUAUUUCUAUAUUGUUUUUAUAGUUGUUAGACUAAUAAUGGUUAAUCUUUUCAUGUUGAUGACUGCUGUCACUGUUGGGGUACUAACUUGUCAACUUGUUUACUGAAAAUUUAGUGUUAAAAUUGUUAAAAUAAUAUGAUACACCUAAAUAACAUGCUGCAUUUCAAAAUUAAAAUAUCUGUUUUAGUUUGUUAUUCCUGUAAGAUUAAAACCAUUUACCCAUAAGAACUCUGGUAUGAUGUAAGCUAACUACAAAUGAUGCUAAUGACACCAGGUGUGUUACACAUAUAGAGUAACUUUAGAAUACAGCAUCUGGUGUCAAAUCUGCUUAGGGCCCCAAAAAGGCUUGGUCAUACUGACAGUGAAUAAGUGAGUACAUUUUGGAGCUGGACCCUGAGAAAGAGCCUCGGAGAGCCGGUGGGCUGGGGCUGAACUGCGUCCCUGCUCAGACACACGGAGACUCCGGGGAGGAGACCUGUCUGAGUCCGGCCCCAAAGGUGUCUGUUUACGGGAACCGACGCGAGUUGAAGGCGUGUUUCCAGUUUACCGCCGUCGGAGCGAACACUGAUUAGAACCGGAGUGCUGCAACACAACCUGUGACCCGGCUGGGAAUAUUCUCAGAAACAUGUAUGAGCCCCGGUACUAUGACAGUCCCCCUGUGUACAGUCCUCCAUACAGCACCACCUCCCACAGUCUCUGCCCCCCAAGAAGCAUCCAUUCCCCUCAGAGCCAGUAUGUCUCCUAUGCCCACCAGCCUCCUCCUGAUUCCUACUACAUGGAGGGGCAGCCGCAACACUUCUACAGGUGGUUCUCUCCUCCAGGUUUUGUUAAAACCUUCCAAGGAACCACAGCAGUCAUGUGCUUCAUUAUCUUUGCCUGCGUGGCUUCAACUCUGGUGUGGGACAUGAAUGGGUUUGGGUACGGGGUAUACGGUGUUGGGGACGCAGCCUCUGUGGGCGGACCCAGCUCGAGUUAUUAUGGAGGCAGUUAUGGCUACGGCGGCUCCUAUAUGACGCCGCAGUCGGCCAAGGCAGCAAUGAUUUCCAUGGUGGCUGUCAACUUCCUGGUUUCACUGAGUUUCCUGGUGGGAAGUUUCUCCAGGUCCAGGAUGAUGCGAGGGUGCAGGUUCUACCUCACCAUUUUCAUCUGUGACAUCAUCCUGGCUGUUCUUCAGGGCAUCAUCGAUAUCAUCUUUGUGAUCGGGGUGAACCCCAUGUCUCAGAGCUCACAGAGCAUGCUGUAUAACCCCAUGCUUAGAAUGUGUCAGAAUAUCCAGGGGACCCCGAGUCUGAGCGGCAGUGUUGGGGCCGGUUUCCCUGGAGGCUUUCCCAUGUACAAUCAAUACCUUUACCAUUACUGUUUCAUGGACCCUGAGGAGGCAGUGGGGUUUGUUCUGGGCCUGCUGGUGAUUGUAGCUCUGUCUAUUUCUGCUUACUACGCGUACAAGACUCGCAGCAAGAUUUGGCGCCAUGGAAAAUCAAACAUCUUGUGGGAUGAGCCGAUAGUCAGGCUGUCAGACGGGCAUGAUGUUCUGGACUGGGUGAACCACGUCGGGGAGGCACGCAGCACCCAGCAGGCGCCCACCGUUGUGGUGUCAGAGCGUGCGGCGCCCGACUUGAGGGCGGAGAACAGCGGCAGCCACAGCAAAGGGCACAAGGAAGCUGAUGCUUGUCUAAUCUCCAGUGCCAGGCGCGACGCUGAGCCUGUGUACCAAAACAACAGAGCCACGGUUGGUUCCAGCAGCUCCUACGAGACCAACGGAGUGAGGAAGCCUCCUCUUCAUCACACCAAGAAGAUGGAGCCUCCUCUUCAUCGCACCAACAAGCAGCCGCAGAAACAGCUCAGAGAACCCACUCCUGCUGCUCAGCUGGCGGCCGAGUCCCAGUACGAAACUGGUUACACCUCAGGGGACACUGGUAAUGAGCUGGACUGGGACCAGAGAGAUUACCUGUACAGGUUGUACCCGGCCAUAACCACAGACGAGCAGCGCCACCAGUACAAGAGAGAGUUCGACUCGGAUCUGGCCCACUACAAGAGGCUCUGUUCUGAGAUGGACCACGUCAGUGACCAGGUGCACAAACUGAGCCGAGAGCUGGACACACUGGACGAAGGCUCCGUGAGGUACCAGGGUGUAGCAGAUGAAUACAACCUGCUGAAAGACCUGAAAAAGGUACGGUGACCUCUGUCUCCAUUGGAACCUUUAGCCUGUUAGCUACAUCUUCUAUCACUCUGUUACACACAGCUGCAACCAGAUAUUUACAUACGCUGAAUAAAAAGACACACAUUUUUUUCACUGUCUGAAGUCAAAUAGAAAAAACCCUGGUGAGAACAUUUUUUUUUUUGUAACUUUCCUCAAAUUCAAAAGCUUACAUACAUUUAGUCAAUAUCCAGGAAACUGCCUUAUCAACUGUAUAAGUUCGGCCAUUGUAGCUAAGCUAAAAUAAGAAAGGUUUGAUUUAACUUCAGACAGUGAGAAAAAAUGGUUGUGUCUUUUUGAGUCAGUGUAUGUAAAAGUCUGGCUUUGACUCUUAAACAGCUUGUUGAAGAAUCUUUUGGUUGAUUUUCAGGGGUUUUUAUGAGUAGGAGAUGGUCAGCAUCCCAAAUCUGCUGACCAAAACCUCUGUUAGGACAUCUUGUCUCUGAUUGAUCAUCCGAUAUGUCACAGGUGUGACUCCGUUGAUAUUAUUGCUGAACAGCGCAUGCGCGAAAGGAACAUUCAGUGCUUUCAGCACCGCCCUCUGGCGGUCAGUAGGGAUGAAAUAGAACCGGAAGGUACAGGCUGAGGAACCGGAUAGGACAGGAAACCAAUGAGUCCGGUUGCAUAGGAACCAGCUGAGUGUAAUCAGGGGAAUGCUGAGCAGC